GUCAGCGAAGAUGUUUAACUAUGCUGGCUGGAAGAGGACGUGUAACUGCCUGUUCAUCCUGUUUGCUAUCGCGUUCAUUAUCACCCGGCUGGUCAUCUUCCCUUUCUGGAUUAUUCACUGCACGGUGAUCUACCCUCUGGAGCUGUACCCGGCCUUCUUUGGCUAUUAUUUCUUCAACGCCAUCCUGGUCGUCCUGCAGCUAUUACACAUCUUCUGGGCAGUUCUCAUUCUCCGGAUGACCCUCAAGUUCAUGACUGGAAAUAUCGUGGAGGAUGAACGGAGUGACCGAGACGAGACGGACAACUCUGAGGAUGAAGAUGAGGAGGAGCCGGUCAAGAACGGCCUCAUUUCUAACGGGCACUCCACAAUCAACAACAACCACAGGAAGUCUGAGUAGCGCCCUGCCUCUUUCGGGUGGGUGGGUGGGUGGGUCAGUCCCAGAGUUCUCUCGCCCGAGACUCCCAUCCUCUCUUCCACCUUCUCCACCCCACCCCACCCAUUGUCCUAACCCCUCGCACCAUCCCCAGCCCCCCAACCUCUGGGUUUGCUGAAACUGUUGCAGUAGGGGCAAAUCUAUCAAGUGUGCCCACUCUUGCCCCACCUCCUACCCCCAUUAAUCUGACCACACGGGGUCCCUUGUAGACUAGGCGAGUUGGGUGGGGGGGGUGGGUGAAGGAGGGGACUGGAUUUAUUUUGAUUCUUUCUGUUGGAUUAGCUCAGAUUGUGCCUUUCGAAUCAGUAUUUUUAAUUCCCCACCCCCCACCCCCCCCCCCCCCCCACCCCCAGAUGCCACCCUUAGAGAAUCCACAAUGGGAACAGGCAACUCUCUGUCUCGCGCGCGCUUUCUCUCUCACUCCCGUGCGCGCGCUUUCUCUCUCUCUCGGUCUCGCGCGCGUGCUUUCUCUCUCUCGG